CAGAGCCGCACUGUUCCCUAGGUUGCAUGUGACUCAUCGAGUUUGCAGUGAAGUAGGCUACAAUUCAUUCCUACGGAAUGUUCACCUGAGAGAGCGAAAGCACUGCAAAAUAACAGACCGAGUUGUUUUGAGUAAUGUGGUGCCAUUAGAAGCGAAGGACGAUUGCACGGUAACCUGAUUUAGAAACGGAAAUUACAAAUUCACUGCUGAAGGAACGUAAAGUUUACAAACUUAGUAAAGCCACUGGUGAAAAAUCCACAUAUUCAAAAAGGAACAUGGCAACGGGUGGAUUUAAACCAAAUGCACAGACAGACUUUCUGGAGGAAUGGAAGGCUAAACGGGAGAAAAUGAGAGCAAAAAUGCUUGGGGACAUCGCUGCGGCCACCGGCGCGUGCACUGGUGGUAUUGUCCCUGCGUCCCUGGGGAGCCACAGCAACAAAAGUGAGAUGCGCAAUGCUACCUCGAGCACCGAACUUAACAACAACGGCAACCCGGACCGCGGGACAUCAUACCCCAUGGCUCGCUCAUCAUCCUCCUCAGCCUUGAAGAGACCUGACGAUGAACCACACCCGACGCCAGCCGUCAGAGGAGCGGAUACACCGGGGAGUAACCUGAAGAAGACACCGCAGCCGGAGAAAGUGCCCUACACCCCACAAGAAUCCAGCCCCACUGCAUGCAAUGACCAUGGCAGUGACAAGGAGAGCCCCUCACCCAGUAAAGGCAAAGAGAAGAAAAACAGUGGUCCAAGCGCCAGGAAGGGGAAAGGACAGAUAGAGAAGAGAAAGCUGAGGGAGAAGCGCAGAUCAACAGGUGUUGUCAGCAUGCCGUCCACCGAGAGCCUGGAUGAGCUGGAUGAUGACGACGGAAGGGAUAAGGCGAAGGAGGAGGAGCAGCAGCUGACACAGCUCAACACGGAACAGAACGAAGCCAUGACCUCUGACCCUGGGGCCGACACCCACUUACUACAGGAUACUCCAAGAUCCGGGAGUGGCCACCACCAGAGCAGCAGCUCUGGAGGUCCUGGUUCUGAGGAGUCGGCGGGGGGGAACAGUCGACACCGCCACGGCAACCGCCACGGCAACGCCGCCGCACCUGGAGGACUGGAGAGGAGGAUGGAGGAACUGGAAAAGGAGCUGGCCAGACAGAGGCAGGAGAACGGGCAGCUGCUGAAAGCCCACCAGGAUAAAGACGACCUAAUUGGAAAGCUGAAGGAGGAGAUUGACUUGCUUAAUAGAGACCUCGAUGACAUUGAGGAUGAGAACGAGCAGCUGAAGCAGGAGAACAAAACUCUCCUGAAGGUGGUGGGCCAGCUGACUAGGUAGAACCCAAUGAGCCACGGAUCUCCACUUCCAAAAAGAAAACAAACCACCCCCACCCCUCCAACGGAGUGCUCCUCUCAAGGCCUUACACCCCCUGCUCUCACCCACCCCCUUCCCUUUCCACCCUCGUUCCAAGUCCAGCAGCAGCAUAUCCUUUCUCUGUGUCGGUGGUGUCUCUGUUGUUGUCGAUGGGUGGAAGAGGACAUUUUAAAAGUAGCUUCUAGAUCCUUUGUGUCUUAAAUGCACCUUGAGCGUCCUCCCUAAGGAUGCUUUUAUUCAGUUCUGAGGGGAAACUGAAGCCACUGAAAGCUCUAGUCCUAUUUAGAUCCCAUGGGGUGUAUAAAUGAGGUUCUAUGAUGGUAUAUUUAAUGUAAAUCUCUUGUACAUAGGCCAUUUAGAUUAAAAAGGAAAUUGAAUGUACGUGGUGCAUCACCGAGCACAUGAGGGAUGCUUUGUUGGUUUUAGGAACUAAAAGAGUUCUUGGACAUUUUGACUCUAAUCAUCUGUUGACCAUGGUAUACAGUACUUGCGUAGAUUAUGUGCAACCGGCUCUCUGUGCUUCUGUUUAUCUGCAUCAUUACAGUGUAAAUGCAUUGUCAGCUCAGAGGCCGUAUUGUCCUUCAAAGCACUAAAACCUGGUCUCCAUCUACACGUGAAAGAACCGGCUCUGUGAUGGAGCCUGGGUCAUUUAGACCAAAUUCAAAACAAAAUCCCUGCUACCAUCAGCCAAAGUGGGCAUAAUGCCUUGCAUGUUACGGACAUCUUUUUUGAAAAUCCAUUAGUUCCAUUUCCCCAAGGGGAUAAAAAAAAAAGCCUGGUGCUUUUUCUGUUUAUGUUGAUGCCGCUUUUACUCUCUUGUUCCGAUUUCUACUUGGUACAUUUUAAUCAGUGGGGUUGUUUCAGCUAAAACCUGGGUAUGCCGGUGACAUGGGUGGGGGGAUAAAGUUCACGCUUUAUUUACUGCGUUUCUACGCAAUUUACAACUCUAAAAUGCUAUUCAGAGAACAGCAAAAACCAGCAAAAUGUACUCCAGUCAUAAUACACUAAACUGCUAUUGCCUUUUAAUGGUGAUUGGAAUGAUUUUACUAGCCUAUUUUAUAUUGUUGGCGUUGAGCUAGGUUAUGAUGACUGCCAUACUCUGCCAAACCCAAUUGACGCCCUGAUUUCAAUCCAGGCGGUAUAUUUUAAACCUGAAGUCAUUCAAAUAUAUAUAUCCCCAUUUAUAAAUCAUAAAAAGCUAGCAAUUUGUUUUCAUUUAAUUCUAUGCUUUAUAGCCAUGUCAAUGUUGAAAAUGAAAUAUUAUAGUAUUGUUCAUGGUGAGAAGUCCUGGGAUUACACCCCAGUAGAAAUACAUAUGGAAUCUUUUGAAAUGAGUUUUGCAUCUGUAACUCAAGCAUUUACUACUUGUUUUGUUUGCAAUAUUGAUAGGUGUAGCUGCUCUUGGUAUAUAGUGAGCAAGAGUUAUAGAGUAAGCUACUGCAGUGCAUUUUGUUGUCACCAAAUCAACUGAAGGAACAUACUUUUUUGAAAUGCAUCUCUCUUUUUGAUUUCUCAAGACUGUGAUUUUGGCUGUGAGAAGUUCUAUUACUUUGCCCUGACUGUAUUUAGAUCUUUGCAUUACAUACAGGGGCCCAUUUUUGUGCUGAAACAAACAAAUGUGUGGCUGUUGCAUCAUGUGUUCUGUAAAGCCCACUGGGUGGUAAAGAUUUUAGGUUUUUAGACUUUACUGGGGUACAUCUUGAUAUAGAAACCCUGCUUACCUGUAGAGAGAGACACACACACACACACACACACACACACACACACACACACACACACACACACACACACACACACACACACACACACACACACACACACACACAGAGCCCUUACAGGGAAAAAACACGUGAAACAAUGUGUUUUUGGAACACUUCACGUGAUGAUGUUUCACAUGUGAAGUUUCACAUAACCUUUCACAUUUUCAUUCAAAUGUGAAUCUUUUUUGGGGAAUAUUUUUCACUUUAGAUUUCACAAGUGAUGCGCUGCAAAUAAAACAAGAGUUGUUAGAACACACAAACAGUGCUUAUAACAUCAUGUUUACAACUUACAUAUUUGGCACACUUUGACAUACAUGAUUACAUUGUGUAUGUUUGUUUAGAAAGUAAUUAUUAUUCCACAUGUCCUCACCUCGGAUUUCAACUCACAACCUCUUUGUUCAUUGCAUUCUGACAUAUUCCUCCUACACUUUGGACUUCAAAGUAAAUCUCAGCUUUGUUAAAAGUACAUAUUUAUCAGAGUGAUUCAGGAGUAACGUUAAAACAGAAUAAUUAUGCCCCACAAACAUUAGGCAACUAUACAGAAAAUCCUCAAAUUGCUGAAAUAAGUUAAUUAAUUAAAUGAUGAGAGAAUAGUCACUGCUAACUAAAAUAGCAGUGUAGACUGCACUAUUUUAGUAAGUGUAGAGGUGUAGGGGAAUGCUACAGAGUUUGUGGCGCAGCAGAAAGAUCAGUUUACCCCAAAUCCAGAGGUUGUUAGUUCAAAUCCCAGGUGGGGUCAUAUUGAAAAGUCAGUACUUAACUACCAAGUGAUCAUGUCUAAUGUAAUCAUAUUGACAUUGAUUAAAUGUUUUAACUAUUUUAGCUGAACAGCUUACCACUUACUUUAAAACUCCCAUACCAUGUAAUUACUUGACUUAUCGUCACGUUACGUCCUGAUGAAUGCUAACGCAAAGGUCUUGAGAACAUCUUACAAACACCCUAACAUGUUCCUCCAUGACUAGUUCCAGUUUUGUUCCAGGGAUUUUCCCCAAAGAUGUUUUUAGGACAUUCUUAGUAUGUUGUGUCAUGGUCCCCUGGAGGUUUUAUCUAGUUCCCGGUUUGUUUCAAGGAUUUUCCCCAGAACGUUUUUAGGACAUUCUUAGUAUGUUGUGUCAUGGUCCCCUGGAGGUUUUUGUCUCGCUCAAAUGUUGUCACAUGUUAAAGUUUUUCAUCCCCAUCCCCACAUUUACUCAAAUGGUGUCAAGUGUAGUUUAAUGGUGUCAUGUCGACAUUUUGCGUCCCAUGUUGUCACAUAUUAUUUCACACAAUAUCAUGUUAUCACGUUGUUUUACAUGUUGUCACAUGAACUUCACGUGAUCAUGUGACAUGUGUUUUUCUGUAAGGGACACCUCUUUCUCUCUCUACAUUAUGCAUGUACAAAAGAUGAAGUCAUUUAAUAAAAGUUUGAUUAUCUCUG